AUGGAGGCCCGAGCAUCACCAGACAAGGCCACGCCUGGUCGUCGUCGACAGGGUCGAGGCAGGCCUGCCCCUCUCAAGGCCUAUGCCUCCGAGAACGAUGCCGUCAACUACGCCUCCUCGUCACACACCGGCCAUCAUGGCCACCGCAAGAAUCCCCAGACUCCCAAGAAGACGUUCUCCAUCUCGCCCGUCCCUGCGGAAGGCUACAGCGCCCAGCCUGGCUCCAAGCAACGCAGCCGAAACAACAAACCAAAGCCCAAGCAUGACCCGACGUCGCCCAACUACCAGCUCAGCAACAACCAGUCGCCUCCGCAGACAUCGCCAGCUUCCAAGGCGGCUGCCAGCACGCCCUUUGCCGGAGCCACCUUCCAUGCCUCGCCCGCCCCCUCAGACCUGCCCAUCCCGAGCUUCCUCAAGUCGAACAGCGAGUCGUCUCCCAUGGUGCGGAAGCCGAGGGGCGUCGUCCCCCAGCCGUCCCCCCCUGCCACCGACUCAGAGGCCCCCACGCCGCAGCGGCCCGUCUCUGCUUCCCAGCACCGCGAGUCGCCCCUCGACUUCAUGUUCCGAGCUCAUCGGCUGGAAAAGGCGGCCCGCGGGCAGUUUGACCAGCCUGCUGGCCCGGCGUCGCUGCUGGCCGGCGUCAUGUCUCCGCCUCACCACACCGAUACACCCCCCUCCCAAGCUGCUUCCGGCCCGGCCCAGAACCGCCGCGCGUACAACAGUCAGUCUUCUGGCGACAAUGAGAUCUUUGAGCUGGAGGGGACCGGAGGCCAGCCGCUGGGUCCAGCCUUCUCGACCCCGUAUCAGGACCGAAUCAAGGCUGCACGAAGUAUGGCGACCAACCCGCAUGCUUCUCAGAGAAGCCCCUUGCCAUCUGCAAAUGCCAGCGCGACGAUGGAGGAUCCAACUGAGGCUCUCAAGAGGUUUCUUUUCGCCCCUCAGUCGUCUGCGCCAACGGCGCCAGCCGCUGCCAGCCCUCCUGCAUUCCCGUUCCCCCAGCAGCCUCGCAAUGCUGAACAAUUCCCCAACCGCCAAGUGGAUGGCAGCGCAAGCAGCAUACAGGCCAUGGAAAACGAUCUUCGACGGAUCCUGAAGCUGGACGUCGGAGGCGAGCGGCCGCCUACUGAGAGACGGCUCUUCACUGGCUAA